AUGGUCCUGGUUGGGGAUGUUAAAGACAAAAUUGCCAUUUUGGUUGAUGAUAUGGCUGACACAUGUGGCACCAUAUGCCACGCUGCAGAAAAGUUGUUAGAAGCCGGAGCCAUGAAAGUCUAUGCCAUCUGCACCCACGGUAUCUUCUCCGGACCAGCAAUCUCUCGUAUAAACAACUCCACAUUUGAGGCGGUGGUGGUAACCAACACAAUCCCACAGGACCAGCGGAUGAAAGAGGCACCCAAGAUACAGAGUGUUGACAUAUCAAUAAUUCUGGCUGAGGCCGUCAGGAGGACACACAAUGGAGAAUCAGUAUCGUAUCUGUUUGGUCAUGUACCCAUGUGA